AUGAUGCGCAUUAAGCAGCUAUGGAAGAUUAUCCCUAUCCCAUCCAAAAUAAAAUUGCUGUGGGAUCGAAUAACUCUUUCACGCACAACCACUUUUUACUUCGUAUUUUCCAUCCUUCAUUGUGUUCUCCAGAUCAUCUUUCAAGGGCAGGCCUUUCGGAUCAAUGUUGAAGCUGCUAAAUUCUUGGCUUCGAUUACCACACAAGGAGACACCAUCGAUCCGGACGCAUUCUAUGUUUUGGGGAGUGACCUUCGUCUUUGCGACAGUAUCCCAGCAGACUUCAGCACUAGCUCUUGCCAAGUAAUCUGGAAUGGUACGACAGUUGGGGACAAUUCAAUGAUAUCCGCAGAUGCAUUGGCUCCCGUGACUAUUACUUCAUAUUCAACGGGAACGCCAAGUUCCACGAUCUCGACCCUUGUCGCGUCCUCGGGGUCGAAGGUGCCCACUACUUCAACGAGCUCGAGCUACUCUGCGACGUCAAACUUUAUCACAUCUACCACAACUGUCAGUUUAACAGCAAUUACGAGCCUUGUGUCUUCAUCGCAUACCACUACCUCAUCGGCGGUGGCUUCAAGCACCACUGUUAAGCAACGUAGAGAGAGUGUUACUGAAACGCCAAAUCGAUGCAACCUCGUUCGAGAUAUCCAAGCCGUCGCGGUCAAUGGCACCGUGCAAGUCAUUGUGAACGGAUUUGGCUGGAACAAUCAAGCAGCUGUUUUAGACCGGCAGUGCCUUUGGGCUCUGAAUUAUCCAGUUCAAAUCCUUCAGCAGACCGAGCGAGAGGAUUUGACCUUCAUUGCUUUUCAAAUAUGGGUUCUCGGAAUGUCCAUCGUCGCUGUCCUGAACGAAUCUGUCCCUCACACCAUCGCAACUCUUUUGACACAUAUGCUGGCUACUGGAUGGGCAGGUUAUCAGAUAUUCAACACUGCUCAAUUUCAUGGUGACUUUUCGAGGCUGUCCACGAAUGGAGCUUGCAAUCCGAUCAAUCUUUUACCAUCAUAUUGGCAAAGUCGCUUUGUUGCCGAAAUCGCAAGUUUGGUGCUGAAUGGUGUUGCGCUGUUGGUUUCUUCUUUUUUGUCGUGGAGGCUUGCCAAGCUCUUUGGUUGGCAGACUUUCAAGCGCGUCGGGGCUUCAAUCGUUAUCAGUCGUGUCUACAAACUUGUGCUCGUGCUCUCGAUCACUAUCCAGUUAUCGCUCUUUUUCAUGGUAGUCGCUAUCUCACUUUGGCUUGAUCAACUUUUCAAUGGCAACAUCGGGCGUCUUAACUCCUCAUCUGUAUAUAAACCAUUGCUGAUCAUCACUCUCAUCCUCUUACUUCCGUGGUUGACUGCGGGUUGGCACGGUGUGCGCCGAGAACUCAAAAUACCUACGCUCGUAUUUCUUGCGCUCAGUGCCGGAUACCUUGCAGGCUGGGCAGCAAUGUUCAAUUCCACUGCAUUCCAGUGGACGUACAUGACCUGGACAUUCUUCGGAGUGAUGACCUCUACUUCCGUCUUCCUGACUCUCGUCGCGUUCAUUUUGGGUAUCAUAUGUCGUAUUAACUUUGGCAAGGGGCUUAUACGCUAUCUCAAUGCAGAAGAGCCAAUCCCAGAUGACUUUGAACCUGUGAACUACGGAAAUGACCUAGAGAAGAUCGCGUUCCAAACGGAUGGUAAGAGAAUGUCCACUUUCUCAGGCUCCGCCACGUUCGGCGCGGGACAAGAGGUUCAUCCCUCCCAAAUGCUUGCACCUCCUGUAUGGGAGAAGUUCUCCGUACCUGAAGCAUUCUCGGCCCCGGGAACCACUCACAACGCCGUUGAGCGGCAAGUGUCCAACAGUAGCACCUAUAGUUCAAGGAGUACUACUUCAAGCCGCCUCGGGAGUGACUCUGCAGCUGGACAUUCUAAACGCUGGAUCAUCGAGUAA